CUAUCUGUGAAGCAACUUGCCACUGCUAAUGAGUCCUCGGCAGAAACUGCAGCUGACAGUGGAUCUUGGGUGAUCGACUCACUUGGCCCACAAACCACUUUCCAUUUGCUCUCAGUGUUACCAAUCAACAUGGACAGCCCAAGCAAAGACUUUAUCCCACCUGAAUGCAAACAAUUCUACUCUCUCAUCUCACAGUUCAAGGAGUCAGGUGCUGAAAUUCAGUUUUUUAACGAUCCUUCGGAAUAUCCGUCAACUCCAUAUAUCAAACAAAGUAGUUAUCUUCGUGAUGAGAGUGACCAUGCACUUUUCCGGUUGGACCCAGAGCACGCUCCCAGCCAACUUCUCAUCAAGGCACACAGUUUGGGAGUUCAGAUAGUGCGGAAAGCUAGACAAAAGAACAAGGCAUUAGUGCAGGAAGUUUGUAAGAAUCUGGACCAAAUACAAGAGAUCAAGAGUAUCAUAUGGAAUUUCCAGCGGCAGAGUCCCACUACAAGACAUUAUGAUUUGGCUACUUUGAGCCCAAUUCCACUCAUUUGUGCUAUCUCACCAUUGUUCCAUAAAGAAUUCAACCACACAACAUAUUCUGAUGCCCAACUAAUCUAUGAUACGCAUAAAGCGAUUGCAAUCGAAGCCUUGAAUACCCCAGCAGAUAGGCGAAACAGUAUACUGGAUGCAAUCAGUCAUAUGCCAGUAAAUGUAAAGUCACUCCCAAAGAGUUUAGGGAUGACUUUAGAUAGUGACACCUAUAUUAUGUGUCCUACUUGUUUUGCUCUAUAUGACCAUAAUACCCUCCAGCCAAUCCAAACUAUCCACAAUCCGAAGGGGAGCUCAGACUCACUGGACACAAUCUUCAGUACACACUACUCUCACUUGAUUAACAAUGAAAGCAUGAAUGUAGAUGAUGAAGACUACAACUCAGAAAGCAGUAGUA